UACGGCGAGGAAGGUUACUGGUGGAUGUACGGCGACUGCCUUCUAUCGGCAUGGAGAAUCUCACCACAUACAACAUACAAGUCAUGGGCAUGCUGACUGAGUCACGAGAGUGACUGCGAGAGCGCCUGCCUGUGCAUUCUGCCGACAACACGCGUGCGGUGUAGACCCGUUUUGAAUGAUCUUCCGAUUCCGGCUCGGAGAUGAAGUAGUAGUCCAGCUGCGUCAGAACAGCAUCGUGUGAAGCCUAUUUUUAGUGGUUCAUUCAUAAGAACAAGUAGUGAAUUUGGCUAGUGACGACAUUAGUGUCCUAUUUUGGCUGCAGACUAUUUUAAGUGCAGUGAAUAGCAGUGCCAACCGCCCGAUAGACAUACUGCAUAAACGUGGAUGACGUGUUGAGGCCGUAGGAAAAGCGUGUCGGGUGCGGUUACACAAAGAGAAAAGUGCGUGCGGCGGAGAGGAAACUAAUCGAUAUUUUUCUAUCUCGGAACGAUGGGAUACGACGAGGUUUUAACACAUUUGGGAGGAUUUGGUCGGUACCAAAAGAAGAUCUACGUACUGCUAUGCCUGCCGGCAAUUACUUGCGCAUUCCACAAGUUGGCCGGAGUGUUCCUGUUAGCUACACCAGACUACCGGUGCAAGCUUCCGUUUGAGGGCGAUAAUGUCACCUACGAGCUGCCACCGGAUUUGCUGACGAUGGCAUACCCUAUGGAUUCAUUUACAAAAAAGUACUCCACCUGUACAUACUUGGACGUUAAUUAUACAGAGAGUUAUUUGAAUGGAGGUACGCCUGCGAAAGAAGCUGUCAGCUGUAACCACUGGAUUUACGACCGGUCGAAAUUUGAAAGCAGCACCGUGACUGAAUGGGAUAUGGUUUGCGACCGGAACUGGCUGCGAGCGUCAGCAGAUUCUCUAUUCAUGGUUGGAGUUAUGUUGGGCAGCAUUGUGUUCGGAUAUUUAUCGGAUAAAUAUGGAAGAAAACCGAUAUUCUUUACCUCUUUGGUGACGCAAGUGAUUUUCGGUGUACUGGCAGGAUUAGCUCCGGAAUUUUUCACCUACACGAUUGCUCGUAUCUUGGUUGGAGCUACAACCUCUGGUGUAUUUCUGGUGGCCUAUGUUAUCGCUAUGGAGAUGGUUGGCCCCAAUGAUCGUCUAUAUGCAGGAGUUGUGUGCAUGAUGUUCUUCUCUGUUGGUUACAUGUUAACCGCGGCCUUCGCUUAUUAUAUUCACGACUGGCGCACACUGCAGAUUGCUCUAACGCUGCCGGGAAUUUUAUUUCUUUCCUACUGGUGGUUUAUUCCGGAGUCUUCACGUUGGCUAAUAUCGAACAACCGCCCAGCGGAAGCUAUUACACUUAUUCAGAAGGUUGCGAAAUCCAACAAAGUUACUGUUCCUGCAGAUGUUUUGGACAAACUUGUGGAAGAAGACAAAGUCGCCUUAGAAACCGACAAGAAUGAGCCCAAACCUUCGCUGCUAGAUAUCUUCAAGUAUCCAAAUCUUCGCCGAAAAGCUCUGCUGAUCUUUUUUGAUUGGUUCGUUAACAGUGGAACCUAUUACGGUCUAUCUUGGAAUACCAGCAACUUAGGAGGAAACCCGCUAUUGAAUUUUGUCAUCAGUGGGGCUGUGGAAAUUCCGGCUUAUUCUUUCCUGCUACUAACUUUGAACCGAUGGGGAAGACGUACUAUCUUAUGCGGCUGCAUGAUUUUUGCUGGGACCAUGUUACUUUCAACUAUGUUCAUUCCGGACAAUCUGUCCUGGCUGAUUGUGGUUAUGGCCAUGCUUGGAAAACUUGCUAUCACGUCCAGUUAUGGCACGGUGUACGUAUUCUCGGCCGAACAGUUCCCAACGGUCAUCAGAAAUGUUGCCCUCGGAGCAGCCUCUACAUCAGCCCGUAUGGGUGGAAUUUUAGCCCCGUACUUCAAUCUUCUAGGCGACUACUGGCAGCCGCUUCCGUUGCUCAUAUUUGGAGCUAUGUCAUUCGCCGGAGGACUGCUAUCACUGAUGCUACCGGAGACGCAUAAUCAAAAACUACCGGAAACCAUUGCCGACGGAGAGAAUUUCGGUAAGGUGAAAACAGUGCCGGGUGAGUCCAACCGGGACGUGGAGAAAAUGCCGGAAGAGUUACAAAGCUUGAAUGCCGCUGUAUCGUCCAAUCGGGAAGCUGCGAAUGGCGCAGUGUUGGCCUCCAGUGAACAGGAAAAGCCAGCCGCUGUUGCUACUGUUGCUAACGGCAGCGAUGAAAAACAUUGAACGUGUAAGAAUCACUGAGCACGUGUAGGCAUUUAGUACUUUCCUAAUAAGUAUUCGUUAUAUUUAGGUUACUACUAGGGUAAACAAUAGGCCGAUAACUUACUGUAAAUGUGAGUAUUAGUGAGAGAUUCAGUUGAGAAAAAUAGAGUAAAGCUUAUCAAUCAAAUCGCAUCGAUUUCUAUGGGUUCCGCUUGUCUGAGGUGUAAUUGCUAUGUGUUUUCUGUUUGUGAGUUUUCUGUUUCUCGUACAAUUGGCAGUUGAGUAUCGUAUGAUUUUUCGUUCCUUGCUUUCGUCUAAUUUCAUCAUCAGAUGCUUCCUCACAAGUGACGCGCCGGUAGUAAAGAAAAAGGGGAAAUGGAAUAAUAGUUCAGUCGUUUACCUUUGCUUCUCCAUCCUACUGAUUGCUUUUUUUCGCACCUGAACGAACCAGUUUCGCAAUUUUCGUCGGUUAAUUUCAACCUUUUAGAUACGUGGAGUAGCAUAAUUUUUAAACCUUCCAGAGGAAAAUUGUUUUCGUUCAUCGAAAGUAGGAGUGUGCAUUCCUAACCAUACGAUAUUUAAAUGAUGGUUUGAAUUAGUGAUUGAAAAGAUGUUUGAAACACUCAGCUCAACUUUUCUCAUUACAAUAUAUUUAAAACUUCUCAUAAGACUGAGAUGAAAUCCUUUGUUUUAUUAUUCAAAGAUUCAAACCAUUUUUACUAGUAACAUUAAAAAAGUAUCCAAUGAACUUCAUGAGACAAGUCCGAGUUGAACAUACGAAAUAGCUUUUAAAUUGUCGGAUGAAAUUCGACAGAAUUAUACAAAGAAACGAUGGAACGUGGGAGCAAAAAAACGAAAUAAUUUAUGUACUGGUGAAUUCCACAUACAUCAUAAUUAGACGACAAGCGAUUCCCGAAAAUUCAACCACCUGUGGAGCAUGAAACCACUCGAAGUACUUAUCAUUCUCGCUUGCACAAUUUUCGCAAAUAUCUACCGUAGCAAAGAGUUUUUUCGGUCGAUGUUUACAUCCCGGUUUAGUUAUAAAGAUCAAACAUGGUAGAAGAAUAAAUAUGUUUUAAGUCUACUAUUGCUCUAUUUAUUACAAUUGAUAAUUAUCAUAGUGAUGACAAACACUGUUUUAUUAUCAAUAUUCUAACCCAGAAAAAUUUCUCGAUAAAUUUUUAGAUGUUGCUCAUGUUCUUUAAUUUGCCACUUACAUGAGCAGUAGAUCCACAAUUCGUCAACUCUUACGAUCUCAUAGUCUUUUUAUGAACCACCGCACUGAAAUUUUUUCAACUAUUCCCGAUACUACGCAGGCAAUCAAUAAGCAUUACCAUUGCCAUUCAAAUGCAAGCCAAUAAGCAUUUAAGUCGCCUUAAAUGCUGCUUAAAAACUACUUUGGCAAAAUAUACGGCUACCUUACUGCUAAUCCUCUUAUAGUGCUGACAAUGCUUAUUUACAGCCGAUUACCGACAAGAAUUUGAAUAAAAUUUUGGAUGCCGAUUUAAAACAGCUAUGGCAAUGAACAGCAACGUGCAAUAUAAAAUUCCAAAUACGCCAAUAAACGAUUGAUUUAGUGCUUACGUUAAUACUUAUUGGUUACCUGGGUAGCCUUUCGGUUAUUUGUCAAUAUGGCAUCCAACUCCAGAUGAAUUUUUUGACGGCUAAAUGUAUUUGCCUGGCAUCGACAGUCCAACUCCUUCAAAAUUAAAAUAUUUGCGCCAUAUAAUUCGAAAACGGCACAACCUAACGUGAAGUGGAAUUACGAAAUAAUAGCUGAAAUAUCAUGCUUAUGAAAUAACAUUACUCAAAGUUCAUCUGUGCGCUCGGCCACAAACGGAUUUUUGAAAGAUUUCCUACGUUUCAAACUUAACAGUUGGCAGUUGGCUGAAUAGAAAGGGCUAAGAUUUUGGUAAUUAAACUGUGCCUAGUCUCUUGUGAGUGUUUUUAGUUCUCAUCUUAAUGGAAUGCUGAAAUCGUAAGAUAAAUUAAAUGAACAGAGUAAAAUGGAAGUUAAAAAGUUUGUUGGUCAUGUUAAUGCUUGUUUUCUGCUCUGUCGAAUACGGGUAUAGUGGUUUAAACCAGCAUGUAACUACCGAACUAAAUAUAAACUUGGCUGUCAUCGUCUACCUACCAUCAUAAGCCGCUGUGUAAUUAAAUUUGAUUGUCAGCAAUCCCGUAUGUUGCGCACAAUUAUGCGCUGUAACGAAAGUUGCAUCCCACAAAGUGAAACACGGUUUUACAUGUGCUUUAACCCAAGCAUUACGAGCUCAAAGCCAGCUUUAAAUGCUGUUCAAUUUUCAGUAAUUAAAGAUAUCAUUUAUCGGUCGUACGAUAAAAGCGGAAAAUAUUAAAAUACUGAAUAUAAAUCACUUAACGGUCGCCAAUCAUAAUUUAAACGUAUACCGUCUAGAAAUCCAGAAUUGAUUGUUCUGCGCCUUAAAUUGGUGUCCACCAGUUGAUCAUACAUUCCAAUUAACGCUGAAGUUGUUUUUAUUUUCUUCCGCCGCUGUCGGUGCAGUUAGUAAUCAAAACACGCCUUAUUGUCAACAAAAGGUUGCAAUAAAAAAAAACACUCGACCGAUACUAACUAACCUGCGAAGCUUGCUGCUCCUGCUUUUCGUCAGGGGCGAAGCUUAUUUGAUUGUGUAAGCUGGAGUUUGGUAUUUGAUGGUUACACCCAAUCCUAGAGUUGAUUGAAGAGACCGUGUGAAAAAAUCACACUUUCGCGCUCAAAUAACACGUCUUGCUAAUUUUGCUUACUUGUUAUAACGUCGUGAGGUCAACAUCCUCGAGCUAACACACUUAAUGGCCAGCGAUGUACUUACGUAUUGAUUGAUCAUUAUCUUAUCACAUAGUAAUAGAAACCGAUAAAUAACAAAAUUGCACUCUAAUGGUUUAUGGUCUUCACCGUUUUAAGAAUAUGUUUUAAAUUCACUAUAAUAUCAAUAACAAUAUGACAUGAAGCAUUCUCAACUGAAUUCAGGUAGUAAAAAAGUGUCAAACAAUUGUAGUUAGGUUAGUAGUAUUAAAAUUAUGCGUUCUCAUCAUCAACAGUAAAUAUGUGGUUCAAAAAUCAAUUACUGAUAAGAUAGGAACUGAUUUUCUUGCUCUGGCCUCUUUAUAUAGGUAUCGUGAUAGGACGUUAAGAUGACCAAAUACACAACAAACUAAACUAAACGACAAACAUUGUUCAGAAGAUAAAUAUUAUCGCGACAAAUACAGCGACAUAGAUCGAGAUGCAGGUUAAAAACUAUGUUUAGUUGUAUUCGAGUUAUUUUAAUCCGGGUUUAAAUUGAAUUUCAAAUACUAACAUCCUUUCCGUGAAAACAACAGAGGUUUUGAAGAAUAAGCUCGAAUGGGUUACGUGGUUAAACACCGGGUCUGUCGACCUUUGAUAUGAUUAACUUCUGUAUUAUGGAAUAUUCAAAAAAUCUAAGGAACAUACCUCUACAAUAGAUAGAUAGUAAAAUUAGCACAAAUAUUCGAAUCUGCUAUAGUUUUCUGUCAACUGAUGUACUUUUUGAUAAUUGACAUGUAUAUUUCACUUUAUUAUUUGAAACAAUAUACAAUACAUAUGUGAACAUUUCAAGAAAUAUUAUAAUUAAAGCAUACCCGUCGAUCACGCACUAUGU